UUGAAUUGUGUGUAUUUUGACCCUUUGAUUAGUUUAAAUAGAGGGUUCAAGAUAAAGUGAAGAUCUUUGAAGAUAAAUUAGCGAGGUUUUGUUAGAGGAGGACAGAGCUCAUGAGUUCGAAGAAGGUGGAGGGGUCAUCUGCCCCCACAGUUCGAAGGGACCCAUAUGAGGUAUUGUGUGUUUCAAGGGAUUCUUCUGAUCAGGAAAUUAAAACGGCUUAUAGAAAGCUUGCUCUCAAGUAUCAUCCGGACAAGAAUGUUAACAAUCCUGAAGCCUCUGAACUAUUUAAGGAGGUUGCAUAUUCGUAUAGUAUUUUAUCUGAUCCAGAGAAGAGAAGACAAUACGACAAUGCAGGAUUUGAGGCUAUUGACUCUGAAGGCAUGGAUAUGGAAAUAGACUUGUCGAAUCUGGGAACCGUCAAUACAAUGUUUGCAGCACUAUUCAGCAAGCUUGGUGUACCUAUCAAGACUACAAUUUCCGCCAAUGUUCUUGAAGAAGCUCUGAAUGGAACUGUCACAGUUAGACCCCUUCCAAUUGGAACAUCAGUUAGUGGGAAGGUAGAAAAGCAAUGUGCCCACUUUUUUGGUGUAACAAUAAAUGAACAACAAGCCGAGUCAGGAAUUGUUGUGAGAGUGACUUCAUCUUCACAAAGCAAAUUUAAGUUACUUUAUUUUGAGCAAGAUACGAACGGUGGCUACGGUUUGGCCUUACAGGAGGAUAGCGAGAAGACAGGCAAGGUGACAUCAGCAGGGAUGUACUUUUUACAUUUUCAAGUAUACAGAAUGGAUUCAACUGUAAAUGCGUUAGCGAUGGCGAAGGACCCUGAGGCUGCUUUCUUUAAACGAUUGGAAGGUCUUCAACCUUGUGAGGUUUCAGAACUAAAAGCUGGCACUCACAUAUUUGCCGUUUAUGGAGAUAAUUUUUUUAAGACUGCUGCCUAUACAAUUGAGGCAGUUUGUGCAAAAACAUACGAGGAUACUUCACACAAGCUUAAGGAUAUAGAGGCUCAGAUUUUGAGAAAGAGAACUGAGUUACGUGAAUUUGAGACAGAAUACAGAAAGGCAUUGGCACGCUUUCAAGAAGUGACUAAUCGAUAUACCCAGGAGAAGCAAUCUGUUGAUGAGCUACUGAAGCAAAGAGACACUAUCCACUCCUCAUUCACGGUAACCAGGACAGUCAUUACUAGUAAUCCAAGUUCUAACAAUUUAAGUAAUGGAAGUAGUAGCAGAGUUCCUGGAGAAGAUAUGAAAGCCGAGAGCCCAGCAGAAGACGGAAGCUCAGAUGGAAAGGAUAAAUCAGCCAAAAAGAAAUGGUUCAACUUGAACCUUAAAGGAUCUGAUAAAAAGCUAGGUUGAUUGAAAACAUAAUUUUUUCUAAAUUUUUUUUUGGAUAUUUUUGUAUUAAAAUUGAGAUGUUUGAAUAUCCACUUCUUGCUUGCAGCAGAUAUUAGGGCCAUAUUAGGGUCACCAAGCUUGCUGGCCGCAAAAAUAGCUUGUCUUUGUAUUAUUUGUUUUA